CAAAUGACGUAGUCGUUAGCCAAUGCAGCUAAUGUCAACUGAGAGUUUGUGUCCUCCGUGAGCACAAAUGUUUUACUACACGACAAAUAACGAUGACCCCCUCCGCGUAUGCCCUGUAAGAUGCUAAUAACGCUGUGCUACGUUUACCUCUGGGUGCGCUUUCACAAGUGCUACUCGGUGCUGAUUCGUAACAGUCUGUCCAGGCGGAGCAGCAGCAGCUUCAGCUUCAGCUUCAGCGUCUGCUCCGGCUCGGCCUCAGCUCCUGCCUCUCCGCGGCCGACUGGACGACGCACGGACUCGGGGUCGCACUCCCUCGAUGACAACGUUUUCCUCCAGCUGGGGAACAAGGCUGUAUGUGUAACGGAGCCUCAGGCGUGCGAUGACCUUAGCAAAUGGACUGUUCUUUUGGAGUCUUCUGUUGUUUGCGGUCCACAAAUAGAGAACAUUUCAUUCAUCAUAGAAGCCACAGGACACAGAGCGAGCUACCCUCCUCCUCACACAGCAAAUAAGAAAGUGCUGAACUGGUCUGACUACUGUCUACCUCUGGCCUUUAGCCCGGGACAGCCAUUCAGAGCAGUGGCUCAGGCCAGUGUAGAUAACUUCAGUCGUCUUGGGAUAGCUUUUAUUGAAGAUUGCCUUCAGCUGGACAAUGGACUUGUGCCUUCAAAGAUAAUCCCUGUCCUUCUCCAAGAAUCCACUCUCUGUGCUCUUCUGGAGAAGCAGUGUCCACAUAGCGCAAAGGGUGUGACCUCCCUGUCUCUGUGCCGCACUCAGACUGAAGAGGUCGACCCGGAGCCGCUUCCCCGUCACCUGCCGCCUCACCUGCAGUGCCGCAAGGGCAGCCUUCUCCUAGUCCCCGAAGUAAACCGGAGGUUAGAGGAGCGCCGAGGGUCCGAACCGCUCUGCAGCACUCAGGUUGCGGCACCCGCUGAUUCGGAGGACCGCUCCUUGGGCAAUCAUCACCACAUGGAGGGCCAUGGACACCACCUUCAUCUGUCCAGCUGCCACGAAUGUUUGGAACUGGAGAACAGCACCAUCCUGUCGGUCAAAUACGCCUCCGCCGACAACAUCCCAGACCUCCCCGACGAUAACUCGGUCAAACUGGAAAGCGGGGACAAGAGUCUGGAUGAAACUGAGCACGAUGGGUAUUCGGGUCAGGGCGCUGGUAUUAACUGUUACGGCAAACCACCAAAUGUUCUCGUGUACACGGGUGGUUGCGAGAAGCGCUUUCAGGCAGUUCGCGACCUUUUAUCGGGAUCUUUAAACAUGGAAAACAACAUAAUUUAUCCUCUCCAGCCUCAGCAGGCCCUGAGCGAUCCCUGGCUGGAGAACACCAGACUCUUGGUUCUAGCAGAAGAGGAAGCCUUGACCCCGCAGCUUCAGACUCGCUUUCUCACUUACCUGAGCCAGGGCGGCAAAGUCCUCGGGCUGGCCUCCACCCUCUGCCCCGCGGGCAUCUCUCUGGAAGCCAGGGAGAAACAGCGCAUGCAAAUCCGAAGGCUGAGCUUCACCAGGAAAGACUGCACAGAGCUGGAGCUGAGCAUGCUGGCGAGCGGGAAGGUCUACGUUAGAGACGCUCGAGGCGGAGGGGAGGUGGAGCUGUGGGGGGAGCUGAAAGGGGACGAGAGUCAUCAGAGGGAAAUGGUCAUUGUCAGGGUAACCCACGGAGGAGACGGAGGAGAAGCUGUUCUCUGUCAGGUCCACUUGGAAACGUCACCCGAGUCGCAAAAGUUGGCGUCAGGAGGGUUUGAUGAACUGAAAGUGAGCAACGCACUGCGCUAUGAAGUCCUGACCGAGAUCCUCACCUCUCUUGGCCUCAGCUGUGAACAAAACCAGACUUUGGCCCCGAGCCCGGUCCAUCUGCUGGCCACUUCUCAGGAAUCCAAGACCAGCUUCCUGAAGUGGCUAAAGGCCAAAGCAGAUAAAAACGGCGUCUUUACGUUGCCCAGGGCGUCCCUCAGAGUGGUGUCCUCCUCUGACCUCCACAACGGUCCUUCGCCGCCCGAGGGCUCUCUACCAGUACUCACCGACUCUACAGAGUCCCAGUGCGGGGCGCAGUUCAACGUGGAGACCUACCGCGAGAACCUGAAGACCAGCCUCCUGGGAAACACCCUGCUGUAUGCUGAAGUCGUCACGUCUACCAUGGACCUGCUGGACGGCCUGACUCUGCACGCACCGAAAGACGUGGGUUUAAUAGCGGUAGCUUCUCGACAAAGCCAGGGACGAGGUCGGGGCAAAAACGGAUGGCUGAGCCCUCUGGGUUGUGCCAUGUUCACUCUGGGGGUCCAGGUUGAGCUGAGCUCGAGGCUCGGACAGAGGAUUCCCUUCCUGCAGCAUCUGGCUGCUUUAGCUGUGGUGGAGGCGGUUCGCACACUUCCUGGAUACGAGGACAUAGAUCUGAGGGUGAAGUGGCCCAAUGACAUCUACUACAGUAACGUUCUGAAGCUUGGGGGAGUACUGGUGACUUCCACUGUGAUAGGAUCAACGUUUCAUCUGCUCAUAGGCUGUGGCUUCAAUGUGACAAACAGCAACCCAACGGUGUGCAUCAAUGACCUGAUUCAGCAGCACAACAUCCAGCACAACUGCAGCCUGCAGCCUCUCAGCUGUGAGCAGCUCAUCGCCCGCACGGUCAACUCCCUGGAAGCCCUCAUCAGCAGCUUCCAACAAGGAGGCCCAGACGCUGUCCUUCCCACGUACUACAAAAGAUGGCUCCACAGCGGGACUCUGGUUCGUCUCUGGAGUGAAGAGGGGGAGGAGGCUCAGGUGGUGGGUCUGGACCACAACGGCUUCCUCCAGGUGCACACCGAGGCGCAGGGUGUGGUCUCGGUUGAGCCCGACGGAAACUCGUUUGACAUGCUGAAAAACUUGGUGGUCAUGAAGCAGCGCUAGGACCAACCCAAACAAGUGCACAAUCACCACCGCAACGACAGCAAGUUGUGUAUAACUGUAUAUAUCCAGGUUUUCUAAUUUAUUGAUAUAUCACUAAAAUAAUAGAGGCUUAAGUGGGUUAUUAGUUGGAAGACAUACAGGGAUGCUUUUUAGAUAAAAGGGCAAUAAGUUGACUGGUCACUAGCACAUAUCAACCAUCAGUCUGAUUGGUUUGGGACCACUGAAUAAUAUAAUUAUCUUACAAUUUAUACUAAUCUGUGUAAAGAAUAAACCUUGUACCCCUCAUCUGAACAUAUCACCAGAUUUUAUUGUUCAUAAGAAUAGAGAUCAUUGCAGCUUGUAUUGUUGGGUCAUUUGUGUAACAAUAAAGAUUUUCACAUAAA